GUGGAUCGGGCGCUUGGCGGCGGAGGUGGUGGGAGGCGGCGGGCGGGAGCGCGGGUCCGGCCGGCCCUGGCGAUGGCGGACGCGGCGGCCUCCCCGGUGGGCAAGCGGCUGUUGCUUCUGUUCUCGGACCCUGCGGCCUCAGCUUCGGCCUCGGCCCCCACGGCGGCGGCGGCAGUGAGCGGAGAUCCUGGGCCUGCGCUGCGCACUCGGGCCUGGCGAGCCGGCACGGUGCGGGCCAUGAGCGGGGCGGUGCCCCAGGACCUAGCGAUCUUUGUAGAAUUUGACGGCUGUAACUGGAAGCAACACUCCUGGGUUAAAGUUCAUGCUGAAGAAGUAAUAGUACUUCUGCUAGAAGGAUCGCUUGUUUGGGCACCCCGGAAGGACCCAGUCCUUCUACAGGGCACUCGUGUCUCAGUUGCGCAGUGGCCAGCACUAACUUUCACUCCCUUGGUAGAUAAGCUGGGUCUGGGCUCUGUGGUGCCAGUUGAAUACCUUGUGGAUCGAGAACUGCGUUUCAUGUCAGAUGCUAAUGGGCUGCAUCUGUUCCAGAUGGGAACAGAUGCUCAAAACCAGAUUCUUUUAGAGCAUGCUGCAUUAAGAGAAACAGUUAAUGCUUUGAUCAGUGACAAAAAGCUACAAGAGAUAUUCAGCCGAGGUCCCUAUAGUGUUCAAGGUCACAGGGUCAAAAUAUACCAGCCAGAAGGAGAAGAAGUAUGGCUAUGUGGUGUUGUAAAUCGUCAGGACACAAUCACCCGUCUCAUGGAGGUUUCUAUAACUGAGACUGGCGAAAUGAAGUCAGUAGACCCCAGACUUAUCCAUGUGAUGCUGAUGGACAAUUCAACACCACAGAGUGAGGGGGGUACCAUAAAAGCAGUAAAAUCUUCCAAAGGAAAGAAGAAGAGAGAGAGCAUAGAGGGGAGAGAUGGCCGGAGGAGGAAAAGUGCUUCGGACUCUGGGUGUGACCCUGCUACAAAGAAAUUAAAAGGAGACAGGGGUGAAGUAGACAGUAAUGGGAGUGAUGGAGGUGAGGCAAGCCGAGGGCCCUGGAAAGGAGGUAAUGCCAGUGGAGAGCCAGGGCUGGAGCAAAGAGCCAAGCAGCCACCGUCUACAUUUGUUCCCCAGAUUAACCGCAACAUUCGCUUUGCCACUUACACCAAAGAAAACGGCAGGACUCUGGUGGUGCAGGAUGAACCUGUAGGUGGGGACAUACCUGUACCGUUCACUCCAUAUUCUUCAGCCACAGGUCAGACACCUAUGGCCCCAGAGGUAGGUGGAGCUGAAAACAAAGAGGCAGGAAAAACACUGGAACAAGUUAGCCAGGGCAUGGUGGCUUCAGCAGCUGUAGUCACCACCACCAGCUCCACCCCAACUACGGUGAGGAUCUCAGACACUGGCCUUGCAUCAGGGACUGGGCCGGAAAAACAGAAAGGCAGCUGGUCGCAGGCCUCAGGAGAGAAUUCAAGAAAUUCUAGUCUGGCCUCUUCUGGAUUUGGAGUGUCUCUGUCAAGUUUGUCACAACCAUUGACUUUUGGAAGUGGAAGGAGCCAGUCCAAUGGAGUUUUAGCAACAGAAAACAAGCCCUUGGGCUUCUCUUUCAGCUCUAGCUCUGCACCAGAGUCUCAGAAGGACUCGGAUCUCUCCAAGAACUUGUUUUUUCAAUGCAUGUCCCAAAAUUUACCCAGCAGUAACUACUUCACCACGGUUUCAGAGAGUAUGGCUGAUGAUUCCUCUAGCAGGGACUCAUUCAAACAAAGCCUUGAGAGCCUGAGCGCAGGCCUGUGUAAAGGCAGAUCUUCUCUUGGGACAGAUACUAAGCCAGGUCCCAAGACUGGCAGCUCUGUGGACCGAAAAGUGCCUGCAGAGUCUAUGCCCACCCUUACUCCAGCCUUCCCACGGAGUCUCUUAAACACCCGCACCCCAGAGAGUCAUGAAAAUCUAUUUUUACAGCCUCCCAAACUAUCCCGCGAAGAGCCUUCUAACCCCUUCCUGGCAUUUGUGGAGAAAGUCGAACACAGCCCUUUCAGCAGCUUUGUGUCUCAGGCAUCAGGUAGCUCUUCCUCUGCCAACACUGUCACCUCAAAGGCAACACCCAGCUGGCCCGAGUCUCAUGCCUCUGCAGAUUCUGCAUCCUUAGCAAAGAAAAAAACCCUCUUUAUUACAACUGACUCCUCAAAGCUGGUGUCUGGUGUUCUGGGCUCAGCUCUCAGCACUGGGGGCCCAAGCCUCUCUGCCAUGGGGAAUGGCCGUUCCAGCUCACCCACCAGCAGCCUCACCCAACCCAUUGAGAUGCCUACUCUCUCCUCCAGCCCCACAGAAGAGAGGCCAACCGUGGGACCUGGCCAGCAGGACAAUCCUCUUCUCAAAACCUUCAGUAACGUCUUUGGCAGGCACUCAAGCAGCUUUCUGUCCUCCCCAGCAGAGUUUUCACAGGAGAACAAAGCUCCUUUUGAAGCUGUAAGAAGGUUCUCAUUGGAUGAACGAAGCUUGGCUUGCAGACAGGACUCCGACUCCAGCACCAACAGUGACCUGUCCGAUCUUAGUGAUUCGGAGGAGCAGCUGCAGGCUAAGAGUGGCCUGAAGGGGAUUCCAGAGCACCUGAUGGGGAAGCUAGGUCCCAACGGGGAGCGCAGUGCUGAGCUGCUGCUGGGCAAGGGCAAAGGGAAGCAGGCCUCAAAGGGCCGGCCUCGGACUGCUCCCUUGAAAGUCGGCCAGUCAGUGCUGAAAGACGUGAGCAAAGUGAAGAAGCUGAAACAGUCUGGAGAGCCCUUCCUGCAGGAUGGCUCCUGCAUCAACGUGGCACCCCACCUGCACAAGUGUCGGGAGUGCCGCCUGGAGAGGUAUCGCAAGUUCAAGGAACAGGAGCAAGACGACUCCACUGUAGCCUGCCGCUUCUUCCACUUCCGGAGGUUGGUCUUCACUCGCAAGGGGGUACUCCGUGUAGAAGGAUUUCUAAGCCCUCAGCAGAGUGACCCUGAUGCUAUGAACCUGUGGAUUCCCUCUUCUUCCCUAGCAGAAGGAAUAGACCUAGAAACCUCAAAAUACAUCUUGGCCAAUGUUGGAGACCAGUUCUGCCAGCUUGUAAUGUCUGAGAAGGAGGCCAUGAUGAUGGUGGAACCACACCAGAAAGUGGCCUGGAAGCGAGCUGUGCGGGGAGUGCGGGAGAUGUGUGAUGUCUGUGAGACGACUCUCUUCAACAUCCACUGGGUUUGUCGCAAAUGUGGAUUUGGGGUCUGCCUGGACUGUUACCGGCUGAGGAAAAGCCGUCCUCGAAGUGAGACCGAAGAAAUGGGCGAUGAAGAAGUUUUCUCCUGGCUGAAGUGUGCCAAGGGGCAGUCCCAUGAACCAGAAAACCUCAUGCCUACACAGAUCAUCCCUGGCACAGCGCUGUACAAUAUUGGAGACAUGGUACAUGCUGCCCGGGGAAAGUGGGGGAUUAAAGCAAACUGCCCUUGUAUUAGUCGGCAAAGCAAAUCUGUGUUGAGACCUGCUGUCACCAACGGAAUGUCACAGCUCCCCAGUAUAACCCCUAGUGCCUCUUCUGGAAACGAAACUACCUUCUCGGGUGGAGGUGGAGCUGCAGCGAUCACAAAUCCAGAGCCGGACCAAGUCCCCAAAGGCCCCAGCACCGACAGCAGGUCUGAGGAGUCCCUAAGAGCAGAAGGCCCUGCAUCAAAUAGCAAUAGUGAACUAAAAGCCAUCAGGCCCCCGUGCCCUGACACGGCCCCUCCCUCUUCUGCCCUGCAUUGGUUGGCAGAUUUAGCAACUCAGAAGGCUAAAGAAGAAACAAAAGAAGCAGGGUCCCUGAGGUCGGUGCUCAAUAAAGAAUCUCAUUCACCCUUUGGGCUGGACUCAUUCAACUCCACUGCAAAAGUCUCUCCAUUGACUCCAAAGCUUUUUAACAGUCUAUUACUGGGUCCCACUGCCUCCAACAGCAAAACUGAGGGUUCUAGCCUUCGAGACCUCCUUCACUCUGGGCCCGGAAAACUUCCUCAAACCCCCCUGGACACAGGCAUACCCUUCCCACCUGUUUUCUCUGCGUCCUCAGCAGGAUUGAAGAACAAAGCCAGCCUGCCCAACUUCCUCGACCACAUCAUCGCCUCAGUGGUGGAAAAUAAGAAAACCUCAGAUUCUUCAAAGCGGUCCUGCAACUUGACUGAUACCCAAAAGGAAGUGAAGGAGAUGGUGAUGGGGUUAAAUGUGCUAGACCCCCAUACCUCUCAUUCCUGGCUCUGUGAUGGGAGACUUCUGUGUCUCCAUGACCCCAGCAACAAAAACAAUUGGAAGAUCUUCCGAGAAUGCUGGAAACAAGGCCAGCCAGUGCUAGUGUCAGGGGUACAUAAAAAGCUCAAGUCUGAACUCUGGAAGCCAGAAGCCUUUAGCCAGGAAUUUGGAGACCAGGAUGUGGACUUGGUGAACUGCCGGAACUGUGCUAUCAUUUCUGAUGUCAAAGUUCGGGAUUUCUGGGAUGGCUUUGAGAUUAUAUGCAAGAGACUGAGGUCGGAAGAUGGGCAGCCAAUGGUGCUCAAACUCAAAGACUGGCCCCCUGGGGAAGAUUUUCGGGACAUGAUGCCAACAAGGUUUGAGGAUCUGAUGGAGAAUCUUCCUCUGCCAGAAUAUACCAAACGGGAUGGCAGGCUCAAUCUCGCUUCUAGGCUACCCAGCUACUUUGUAAGGCCUGACCUGGGCCCCAAGAUGUACAACGCCUAUGGCUUGAUAACAGCAGAAGACAGAAGAGUUGGUACAACAAACCUUCAUUUAGAUGUGUCUGAUGCUGUUAAUGUGAUGGUGUAUGUUGGGAUCCCUGUCGGGGAGGGUGCUCAUGAUGAAGAAGUCCUCAAAACAAUUGAUGAGGGCGAUGCUGAUGAGGUGACCAAGCAGAGGAUUCAUGACGGAAAAGAGAAGCCGGGGGCCUUAUGGCACAUCUAUGCAGCCAAGGAUGCAGAGAAGAUCCGAGAGCUCCUCAGGAAGGUUGGAGAAGAGCAAGGCCAAGAGAAUCCUCCUGAUCAUGACCCAAUUCAUGACCAAAGUUGGUAUCUGGACCAGAUCCUCCGGAAGCGACUCUUUGAGGAGUAUGGCGUGCAAGGCUGGGCCAUCGUGCAGUUCCUGGGUGAUGCUGUCUUCAUACCUGCUGGAGCCCCGCACCAGGUUCACAAUCUGUAUAGCUGCAUUAAAGUCGCAGAAGACUUCGUAUCCCCAGAGCACGUGAAGCACUGUUUCCGCCUAACACAAGAGUUCAGGCAUCUCUCCAACACCCAUACGAAUCAUGAGGAUAAACUACAGGUGAAGAACAUCAUAUACCACGCAGUGAAAGAUGCUGUUGGCACUCUCAAGGCCCACGAAUCCAAACUGGCAAGGUCUUAAGGCAUGGGGAACUUCCAGCUCUCCUGUGAAGCAGGCCUUUCACAACACUUACCAGGGAACGGCAGGGCUCUCUGCAGGAGCAGAAGCCCUUCCCCAAGCCAGUGUGGUCAGUAUUACAAACUCUCCAGCCGCUCUUUCUAUGCUGCCUCAACACUGAAGGUUGACACAUGAAAAUGGCACUGUUCACACACACAGUUUCAGAUUCGAAGCUGAGGGUGCCACACUCCAUCCAGUGGCCUUUGGGAAUCCAGGUUGCUUGAACAUCGCUGGGCUCUCCUGCACAUCUCCUGGUUUGAGACCAUGGAAACCAGGAAUGUGGGCACACCUUCCUUCUCUGUUCCUCUUGUGCCUAGCUCAGUGGGACUGUGUUUGGAGGCGGAGGAAGUCAUAACUGGUAAAGUAAGGAGAUACAAUGUGCCUGGUGGAAGCCCGGCCAUGUCUCUGCACAUGACUUCUGACCUGGCCCAUCCCAGGAGAUGGGGUGCAGCCAUUCCCCAUACUCUCUGUGAAUAUGGAGUCUUCAAGACCCAGGGAGAGCCUACAACUUUUCCCAGGAGGCUUCAGGAUUAGGAACCGUGUGUAUUAGUGAGAACUAGGUUUGUAGUGAAAUAGUUACUAUUUCAUGAAAGUAGAUAUUUUUAGAACUUUUGAAAUAACACAGUUGUUUUCCUGGACUACAAGGAAAGGCACAUUACUUUAGUCUUCCUUUCAAUAAAACUCUUUGAAAGAUAUGAUUUUUAGAAAUCAGCUGUCCCUUAUAGCACAAAAUCAGCCAAAGCGUAAUUUAAAAGAAUUGGCAUUUUACUAUAAUCCUUUAGUUUCUCCCUCCCUCUCAGUCUUAUCUCGAGGGAACAGUUGUCUGAGAAAGAACUGUGUCAUGUCUGAGCUGUGGAUUGUUCCCUGCGUGCACACCGCUGACUCCGGGAUCUGUUUGCCGACUACCAGCGUUCCCUUGGGACUCUGCAUAUGUUUCCAAAUGGGGUGGAAAGUUUGGUUUCCAAUAUAAGAGUUUUUUGUUUUUUAGAGUUUUGUCUGGAAUUAUUUUCAGCAAAACUUUACAACUCAGUGGAGUUUUUAUUAAGAAUUUACUUGGAAAUGAUGGAAUUCACUGGCCCAUAGGUACACUGGGAAAUGUACCUCUUCCCAGGUGUACUGCCCUGCAGCCUUGUUUAUAUGUUCACAGUUACCUUUUUUUUUUUUUAAAUAAAAGUCAUUUACUGUAGAAUACUUUUAAUUUCACUUUCUGUACUUUAAUUUUAUUGAAGGGCUGAUUGGGAUUUCCAUGUUCUUAUUAAAAAAAAAUCUAACAAA